GGACCUUGACGCAAUAUAAAAGAAGACUAUCAGCAAUAUUGAUGGUUCGUUUGCAGUUCAAUUCUUGCUCACCGCAAGUCAAUAGGACCAGACUUCCAUUGCUCUCUCGAUCAUCAUCAUCAUCAUGCUCCCUUCCUCAGAUGCAACGUUUGAUGCAUCACAAUAUGCGUUUUUUGGGAAGGAUGUUUCGGAGGAAGUUGAGUUAGGAGGUAUAGAAAAUGAUGAAACUUAUGACAUACAAUUUGCUGGGAAUGUUGGUGAUGAAUAUCAUCUCUUUGAAAGUCAAGAGCAGGGUUCUGGCUCUGGUUUUGGAUCUCUGUCUGAUGUAGAUGAUCUCACUACUACAUUUUCAAAGUUGAACAGAGUGGUUACAGGUCCAAAGCAUCCUGGAAUAAUUGGAGAGCGGAGUUCUGGGUCAUUUUCAAGAGAAAGUUCAUCAGCGGCUGAAUGGACACAGGAGCCAAACUCCUCCUUUGAGUGGUUAGAUAAAUCUUUAUCCGACACAGAAAUUUUCCAACAAGGAAAGAGGUGGUCUUCACAGCCUUACAAUUCACCAGAUUAUCUUUCCGAAACAAGGACUUUGUACAGAACAUCCUCGUCUCCUCUCCAACAACAACAGCAGCAGCAGCAACAACCUUAUUAUUCAAGCGAAACAACAUCAGCUUCUCUCGAAGAUUCAAAACCCUUAUACAGAACAUCAUCAUACCCUCAUAAGCUACAACAGCCGCCACAAUUUUCCAGUGAGCCUAUAUUAGUACCCAAAUCAUCUUUCACUUCUUUCCCUCCACCCGGCUCAAAAUCUCAACAACCUUCGCCUCGUAAUAGUUCAUCUUAUAGCGGAGGCCACCAUCAACCCUUUUCUGGCAUCAAUCUUUCACCUUUGUCCAGCCCAAAUUUACAUUCCGGUUUGACCCACAGAGUUUAUGGUUCAAGUUUACCUCAGUUAAACCCUUUUAGUAACCGGACACAAAGCAACUGGACGAACCAGAGUCUCUUAAACAAUGUCUUGCAACAACAACAGCAGAGAAUGCAUCUUCCAGUUCAACCGUCUUUAUCUCAUAUAUCCGCCAUGCAAUCGCAUUUUUUCAAUUCGUUUGCACCUUCCCCACAUUUCAACAAGUAUGGGUUAACUGACGGGAGAGAUCAUAAUCGGCAUCAUAAGACGUCGCAGAAAGGCAAGUCAAGUCUCAGAUCACAAGGCUCAGAUUCCAGUAGUAGCCAAAAGAACGAGAAAAUCACCCUACAGUUCAGAUCCAAGCAUAUGACAUCCGAAGAAAUUGAGAGCAUUCUCAAAAUGCAGCAUGUCAUAACCCACGGAAACGACCCGUAUACUGAUGAUUAUUACCACCAAGCCCGAAUCGCUAAAACAUCAUCCGAAUCGGGUUUGAAACAUCGGUUCUGCCCAUCGGGUUUGAAGGAUUCGUCUAAUCGAACUCGUAACAACUCCGAAUCGCAUUCAUAUAUCAAUGUUGAUGCGCACGGGCGAAUUUCUUUCUCUCCUGUUCGUAAACUACAGCAGCCAUUACUCGAAUUCGAUUCACCAUCUUCUGAUCAGAAGUUGUCUGAGAAGCCUUUGGAGCAGGAACCCAUGUUCUCGGCUAGAAUCGCAAUUGAAGAUGGCCUUUACAUCCUACUUGAUGUAGACGAUAUCGACAGGCUACUACAGUUCAGCCUACCGCAAGACGGUGGGGUUCAGCUAAGACGUAGGCGUCAGGUUCUGUUGGAAGGACUAGCAACCGCUCUCCUCCAGCUCGUCGAUCCCCUCGGAAAAAGUUCAAACUCACUUCCGAAGGACGAUAUCGUAUUCAUGCGGUUGGUCUCAAUUCCGAAAGGAAGGAAGCUUAUUUCCAAAUACCUAAAACUCUUACACCCGGCUGGCGAUCUUUCAAGGAUCGUCUGCAUGACUGUUUUCCGGCAUUUAAGGUUCUUGUUCGGAGCCGAGACGAACGACGAACUGGCUAAGGCGGUUAGUGGCUGUGUUAUCGGGAUGGAUCUGAAUUCACUUAGCGCUUGUCUAGCGGCUGUAGUGUGUUCAUCGGAGCAGCCGCCGUUACGACCAAUAGGAAGCCCGUAUGGAGAUGGGGCUUCAGUUAUUCUGAAAUGCGUUCUGGAGAGAGCUACCCGACUCCUGAAAGAACAUUUCCAUGGGAGUAGCAGUAGUAGUAGUAUGCCGAAUCCUGCACUUUGGCAGGCUUCAUUCGACGCCUUUUUCGGUCUUCUGACAAAGUAUUGCAUAAGUAAAUACGAUAGUAUAGUGCAAUCGAUAGAUCCACAGGGACAGCAGCCGAGCAUGGAGAUGACUGGAUCGGAAGUGGCUAGAGCGAUAAAUAAGGAGAUGCCAGUUGAGCUUUUAAGAGCUAGUUUACAGCAUACAGAUGAUAAACAGAGGAAAGUGUUGAUCGAUUUUGCUCAGAAAUCGACGCCGGUGACUGGAUUGAAUACUCGGGGUGGAGGAGGCAGUCGUGAUGGUCAAGUAAGUGCAGAGUCUGUGAAGGGUUAGUUGGACUAGCGACGGAAAAGGUCUUGUGGUUUUUAUGAUGAAAGGACCUUCGUCGAUGUGUCGGUUUGUUCGGUUAUUAUUAAGGUUAUUAUUAAGAUGUAAUAAUAUUGGAAUAUAUAUAUUAUAUAUAGGAAUAAUAUAGUAGAUGUUAUAUGUAUUUGUUUGAUUUAAUCUUGGUACUUGCUACAUUUUUACUACUGGUACCAUUGUUGUCGGUUAUGGUUGUUA